AUGCUGGCCUUCUGCCGGACGCUAUGCAAGUCACCUUUUCUGGAGACUUUGCCAAUGCUGGGGAAGAGUCUGGAUCCUGCCACGUUCCGCGAACGCAUGAUGGCGUCGUGGACAACGAUCGGCGUCGUGGGGGCCUUGUUCUUGACCAUGUUGGACUACUCCAGAGUGGCCGAGUGCAAAGGCGAUCUGCUUUUGUCUGUGCUGCCGAGCCAAGAGUUUUGUGACACGAUUCAUCCGUUUUUGUGCAGCAUGGGCCUGGCCUUCAAUGUAAUUGCCGUGAUCCUGACGACGAUCCUCAUCAUGCAGGUGGGCUUCGUUCCAGACGAGAAGCUGUCAGACUGGGUGGCAGGAAUGCCGAUAACGGUAGAGAUGCCUUUGGUGAGCUUCAUUCUCGGGGCACUGAUGUGGGCAGGAGACCUUGUUUGGCUUGGUGUGGUCGCCCAUGGAGCCUACGGCCUAAAAUUCAGCCUAGCAGCCUGCGUGAUUGCCGUGACCCUGCUGUCAGUGUACGCCACUACCAGGGCAAAGACAAAUCGGCUGAUCAUGCUUGCAGCAUGCAACCAACAGGAGCUGAGCGACACGGAAGACUAG